AUGAGCUCGGCACAGCUAGCCGCUUCGGCUGCGUUCCGAGCAAAUAAUCAAAAGACGCAACCGCCAUUGACCAAAAUCACCAAACCAGAGUUAAAGAAGCCCACCCCUUCGAAUUCUCCCAAACAGCGACUGAAGGAGGUUUCACCUGAGACAACCCACCCUCCUGCAAAGAAAAAGCCCACUGAGGCACCCAAUUUAUCCAAAGCAGCUGCUACCAAGUCCUCACAAGCUCAGCUCCAGCCUAAGCAACCAUCAAAAAAACCAAACCUCCAGAUAGAUUUGAGCAAUUACAAGAACGUUUCACAAGCAUCUUUGGCCACCGCAGCCGCUGAACACUCUGCAAAGAACCAGAAGUCCAGUGUAGGCUCUGGGUCAGUCUAUAAUACACCUUUGGUGAGAACCCCAGCAGCGGCAGCGGCGGUGUCAUCGUCAGAGAAGCUUUCACAAACACCAUUGCCACGAACCUCCAUAGAUGAUGACAAUGUUUCUUUGAGCUCAGCUCAUCAUGACUACUUCUGCAUUCCCAAGUUUUAUCAGACAGAUACCGCCAAUGGCCCAGGUGCCCUGCGUCUGCGUGUUAGCGUCAUUCUAGACCCAAAGGACAUGGUUGAGAACGUGAAACAGUCCAUCAAUUCCAAGGCCAAGGCUGGAUCAUCCAAAGAUGCGACCAAACGCAACCAACUAGCCCUCAAUGAGUUCAGACAGAGCGUGGAGCUGAAGAGGCAUUCCUCACAGAUACCGCAAGAACCCAACGUCAAUGCAGUUGUGCUUCAUGACUCAAGUGAAAACUUGUCUCCUGGAGUGGUCCCUACAAGCGACUCAGAAGGAUCGCUGCCGUCGUUGGAGCACAAGGUGUUCAAUAUCAAAGAUCUUAAGGAGCUCAACACUUCCGGAUUGUCCAUGGACUCGUACGCGUCAGGCAGUGAAAAUGAGACACCAAUAACGCCCUCCAUUGCUAUAAUCGAUGCUGACGAAGAUGAUCAAGACAAUGACACCCUCAGAAAGCCGCCAUCUGCCCCUGAAAAGUCCAGCCAGCCCAUCCCUGUACCACCAUCCCCUAAUGCCGUUGCUCGAGGCAACGCCGGUAACGGAACAGUGGCUCCAGAAAUUGCUGCCCUGUUAUCACCAAGCCUGCCUGGUAAUGUUUCCGACUUGAAGCUUGACGAGGCCCUCAAAAAGGUGAGGCGUAAGCCACCACCUGAACUAAUAGAAAGUGAGGGGAGCUCUGGCCGUCAAUCUUUCGACCAGUCCACGAGCAAUCCUCUGAGUGGGGCAGAAGAUGACCAGAAGUUCCCGCAAUUCCCCGAUAUCAAGGAUAAGAAGAAACACCGCCGAAUUUUCGGUCGGAGAAAGGGAGAAGCGGCUCAGACUGUGCGUGAGCGUCAGUCCAUGGAUCUGCUGAACGAGGUUGAAAUAGACGAUGAACCUGAGCCUGAGACAAAGCCUACGGCCGGCAUCUCGCCUGUGGUUGCGAACCCACAUGUUGCCUUGAAGACGACCAUGAGAAAGAUGAAGAAGAAAGACAAGACGUUUGAUGAGAACAAGCCCUGGAAAAACCACAGCAAACUUAAUGAGGUCUCAGAUACAGAGAGAAAACGCUACGAAGGUGUGUGGGUAAGUAAUAAGGGCUACUUGGUCAACAAGGUCGUUACUCGACUUGCAGGUGUGGACUACAACAAGAACUACACAGAAGAGGAGAAUGCAAGAAAGCAAGCACUUCUGAAGCAAGAUCCGCUGGAACUUGCAGCCAAGCUCUCGUCGGCAGCUGAACCUUGUAAUCAUGAAACCAUGGAGGACCAUAUCCAAGAGCGGCACGGGCUUAAACUGGCCGACCCACACGAACUCAUACACGGAAUUGUCGUAAAGCGUAUCUGGAAGAGGAGCAGGCUCCCUCUGGAAACGCUCGAGGCCAUCUGGAAUCUAGUUGAUUUCCGUAAAGACGGCACCCUUAAUAAAAUCGAGUUCCUUAUGGGCAUGUGGCUAGUGGAUCAGUGUCUCUACGGAAGAAAGCUCCCAAAGAAGGUGGAGGAGCAGGUGUGGACCGACACCGGAACUGGGCUGGUGGAUAUGCAGCAUUAUCUCGAUAACGUCGGCUCUGAAUUUAGACCCGAGCACAGCGAAACGUACCAAAAUCAACCAGAACAGCAAGUUUCAGGGUUAUCAGGACCAAGUGCCGACAAUGUUAUUUAUCUACCAUCGAUGAUGUCGAAUUUGCAGAAGGAUGUGUGUGAACUUAUCGUUCAGAUCUUUCGCAAAGGAUUCGAGCAGGAGCUCCAGCGAAGCAAGAACAGAGCUUCCAUAAGUAACCUUUCAAAUGGUGAUGAUGAGUUGCCUGGAAGUAUGGGUGCCGGUGAUGUUCGUGAGUCUAGGGCUAGACUUAUCAACCUUAUGUUCGAGCAGCUACGUAAGGUGUCCAUGCACCCCUCGCUACUAGUGGACCAUUUUAUUCCCAAACGCUGGCUUCUACUGGAAGUCAACGAGCGCCUUUUAAACCUUUCCGGUAAACUGGCCCUUUUCGAUAGAAUCAUUGAACUACUCUGUGAUAGCUAUGGCGAAGACGACAAGCCAAAGAAUGAUUAUAACGUGCUCGUCAUGGCGGAAACAGUCAAGGAGCUUGAGUGGAUUGAGGGCACUAUCAUCGGAAAGAAGAUCAACUACAAAAAUCUUAAUACGAGGAAAUUAUACGAUAUGGACGAAGCAUCAAGAGAUACUGGAGAAGAGUUUACCGAGGAUGAAUUGUUUGCAGCAGACAACAGAAACAAGAGGAAAUACUACUCCAGGCGGCGCAAGUUGGUUGCUGAAAAGAAUCGGAGACCGGGCGUCGUUUUACAUUUGGCCACCUCCAGACACAUGUACGAGAGUUACGCAUCGAGCGUCCAGUUCGACCUCAUCUUCUCUUUUGAUUCGCAUCCAGAUCUCCAAAGCGCCAGCAUGCAACUCAUAAGGGGAAACAAUCAAGCUCUGUCAGUGUCUUUGCAGGCAAGGCAAUACAAGACCCCGAUUAUCAUCCCAAUCCCAAUAUACUCCGUGGAGCACUUCUCGUUGGUAUUGCCUCGUCCUGAGUUCGAGUUGGAUUUGACUAGUGGACCGGAUCCACAAAUCAACUGGAAACUCAAGGUGAUCAGCGCCUUCGUGGCCAACAGACAUCGGUUGUAUGAACGCGAUGACAGCGACUUUUACGUGGAACACUUUGGUGACAACUACGUGGAUCUUAGAGGCUGGCUCAUGAGGUGGUGGGAGGUUCCUCCACCUGCGUCCGCAAGUCUCCUUGAAAAUAGCAAGGCCUCUCUUCUGCUUCAUCCUUCUGAAGAGAAGCUUCUCAAACGACUCCUGGUGAAUUUCACCGACCACCUCAAAGCGGCAUUCAGCUUAGAAAAGCAUAAGUUCAAGUUUGAGAACCCUAGCACCGAGAGUGUGGAGGAGGUUAUUACAGAUUUCGACACCUUCAAGAAGAAGUUCGCCGAGGCUCUCAACUACAGAACUGAGCUUGUGGAAACCACCGUUCGUCGCGGUCUACACGAAGUGCUCCCCGAAUACAGAAAGGCGGAGACUGAAAGACAAACCGAUAUUGACGCUUGCGAGGACCAAAUGGGAGAGAGGUAUCGGAAAUUACGGAAACUCAACGAGGAAGCGAGUACCGUGGAUAGAAAGUAUAACCGAGCAGAAGCCGAGCAUUCGAAAACAGAAGCUACGCAUACGGAAACAAAGGAGAUGCUCAAGCACCUUGAAGAUGUGCUACGGGAAAAGAGUGACGAAGACAUCAAGAAGCUUGUUGAGGAGCAGGCCAAGAUAAUUCUGCAAUUGGGAGAAGAAAAAGAAAGGCUAGACAAAGAGUUAGAGCAGGCGGCUGAAGAAGGUGAGUCUCUUCGUGGUAAGUACCAGACCAAAUCAAGCGAGGCUGUCAAUGCCAGCGUGAGUCUCAGCACCGCACAAGCGAAGAAAGAUACACUCAACGGAACUUUGAAUGGUCCUGGCAUGCACAUUCUCCCAUCCUUGAGAAGGCAAUACGAGCAAAUCAGCUACGAUACCAAAUACAAUCGCUUGCAUAAGGAAAACGCGUUUCUCAAACUGCUAUUCCUGUCUUAUUUGGACAAAAUGGUCAAGGAGCGGAGCACGGUGGUCGACAGCACAGCCGCCGGGCUGAGUAACAUGGUGGCUACCGAACAGGCGUAUCUCAAAGCAAAAAUGUUCGGCCAGCCUUAUGUGCCCAAAGAUUACCGAGAGUUAAUUUUUGUUACUGACAUCCAUGCCAGACGAUUUGCCAUUACCGCUAAGUCCAGGUUCUUGGAGCACUACUUCUCGGAUAUUAGCGCUCCUUGGGGAUACUUGGCUUUGAUCAGAGACGUUCUCGUUGUAUACUGGGUAUACACUGUUUUGCACAAGCUUGUGCUCAACUUGUAUGGCUAUGGUCCCAUUGGAUGCCUCAAGAAGGUCUAUCGUGCCAUCUCCAAGUGGUUCUUUGGUAUCGUCAUGUCGCUUCCUCCCAUCAAGUCCAAAGUUGACAAGGAAUUGAGUGCAACGCAGGUCAAAAUGGAGGAGAUGAUCAUGAAGAACGACGAUUCCUUGCUUCAGUUCCCGGUAUUGCCGACCGCAGGCUUGCAUCAAGAUGUUGUCGUGCAAGAGGUGUCGCUUACUGAAAAGACCCUCACAGUGGAUGAUUGGCACGAUGGUAAGUACACCGGAGGUGUGUAUCACGGUGGCGAUGAGUUGCUCAAGUUGCAAUCCAAGGCUUACGAAAUCUACAGUGUUGCAAACCAGCUUCACCCGGAUAUCUUCCCUGGUAUUCGUAAGAUGGAGGCUGAAGUGGUAUCGAUGAUCUUGAAGUUGUUCAAUGCCCCCGAAACUGGCUGUGGAUGUUCUGCUUCCGGUGGUACCGAGUCUCUUUUGCUUACAGGUUUGGCGGCCCGUGAAAUCGGACGCAGGAAGAAGGGCAUCACUGCUCCAGAAGUCAUCGCUCCCGUUACUGUUCAUGCUGGUAUCGAUAAGGCCUGUUAUUACUUUGGUAUGAAGCUUCACAAGGUGGACCUCGACCCUGUCACUUACCAGGUCGACAUCAACAAAGUGAAGAGAUUGAUCAACCGCAACACUGUUUUGCUCGUUGGAUCUGCACCAAACUAUCCUCACGGAAUCAUUGAUGAUAUCGAGGCUUUGUCGGACUUGGCUGUCAAGUACAACAUCCCUCUCCAUGUCGAUGCGUGCUUGGGCUCCUUCAUUGUCACUUUCUUGGAGAAGUCAGGUGUUCACGGCGACAAGAAGCUUCCUUUGUUUGACUUUAGGUUACCUGGUGUCACUUCCAUCUCUUGCGAUACCCACAAAUAUGGCUUUGCACCAAAGGGAUCUUCCGUUAUCAUGUACAGAAACCCUGAGCUUCGAAAGCAUCAGUACUACGUCGCAAGUGAUUGGACUGGUGGUUUGUACGGCUCGCCUACUCUUGCUGGCUCGAGACCAGGUGCUUUGAUGGCAGGCUGUUGGGCUACAAUGGUGCAUAUCGGAGAGACCGGAUAUGCUGAGUCGUGCAAGGACAUUGUCGGUGCUGGCAUCAAACUUAGAAACGCUUUGGUUGAAAACGAGACCCUCUACGAGCAUCUAGAGCUUCUUGGUGACCCAAUUGCCUCUGUUAUUGCGUUCAAGGCCAAGAACCCUAACAAGGUUGAUAUCUACUCCAUAGGCGAUCUCAUGGGCAAGAAAGGAUGGCACUUUGCAACAUUGCAAAACCCUGCAGCUUUGCAUUUUGCUUUUACGCGUCUUACUGUACCCGUGACCGACGAGUUGAUCAGCGACCUCGUUGCCACUAUUAAGGAAGUUGCAAACUCUGACACCAAGGCUCCUCCUGGUGACACUGCAGCCAUGUAUGGUGUGGCAGGCAACGUCUCUACCGCGGGUGUUGCUGAUCGCUUGAUCGAGACAUUCCUUGAUGCCUUAUAUAAACUUUAG